AUGGCCGAGGACAACCAAGAAAAGCAGUUCAUGCCGUUGAUGCGGGACCACGACUCCGACGCCGACACGUUGGACGAGUUCACCUGCCAGAAAUGCAGACACGCCGGCCGCCAACAGACCAUCUGGCCCGCGGUGGGCGUCAAGGCCAUCCUCAUCGCCCUGUUGGCCGUCGCCGUCGUGAUGGCCGGGCUCGGCAUCGUGGCCUUUGCCGUCGUAUACCAAAACAGCAACCACUGCGACCACAGCGAGCAUGAGUCGAGCACCCUCAACUUGCCGACGGAUUCUCUUUUUGGGGAUAUCCCGUGGCGAAGGGUGAUUAUGGAAAAGGAUCCCCGUUACCAUGAUCCCACCCUGUCCGAGACCGACCAAGGCAACAUGGAAAGACUAAACGAUACUUUUGUCUGGAGCGACAUCCUGCCGACAACCAUGAUUGCCGUCCCCGAUCCGUCCAUCUAUGGUUUAAGCGGCGGAGGUAAGGUAUGGGAAAACCCAGCGGACUUUGACGACAAGACUGAGGCAUGGACCGUCUCCGUCAUGCAUCAGCUGCACUGCCUGGCCGACUUCAAGAAAAACUUCAACAAUCUGAGGAGCGGCGGCGCCCUCAGCGACGGCCAGUACGCGCACCUCACCCACUGCGUCGAGAUUGUGCGCCGCAACGUCAUGUGCAAGGCCGAGCUCGCUCUCGAGCGUCCCAACGACCCUCACAUCUGGCCGGUCCAGCACGUCUCGGGCUGGGGCAACGCGCACGUGUGUAGGGAUUGGGAUCAGGUCAUGGCUGCCAUCAAGAAGUACGCCAUCACCCGCGGCGAGAAUGGAUGGAGAAGGAUCCGGGACGAUGACCCGAAAUUGAUUAUUUGA